CUGAGUUAGAACAUUUAGGUAGAUAGAAAAUCUUUAUUGCACGCAAAAACACAUUAUAAAACAACAAUUUUAUAGCUGUUAUUAACAAAAAGUUAACAUGGAAAAGUUAAGAUUUGAAUUUAUAGUGCAAAAAUCGAUCGAAGAUCCGAAAACGAAUGUCAUUUGCAUAACCUCAAUUACUGAUGUCAAUAAACAGACCUUUUUAAUUCCGGAACAAUUUCAACCGGCAAAACUGCAUGAUACAGUGAUAAAAACUCAGACAUUUCUAAAAGUGAAGACUACAUUACAAAAGAGAAAUGAUAGAAGACAAGUUUGGAUUACACUAACACCAGAGAUAUGUAGUACCUAUAUAGAUGAAGACGGAAAUAUGCAGUUUAAAGGAUAUUUGUUAGAGGAAUCAACACAAGAAAUGCAGAAACGGGCCUCUACUUCCGGAAUUUCAGAAGAGGCUUUGACAAGGAUCCUAGAAAAUUUCACUGAAAAAAAGAAAGAUACAUCAAAGUCCGACAACAUAAAAAAGCUAACAGAAAAAAUUGUUUUAGAAAAAUUCAAUAAUAAAACGUCAAAUGUAUCACAGUGGAUGGCUAUUUUUGAAUCAGAAUGUACUCGUGUUGGUAUAGAAGGAGAUACUAAGAAAAUUGAGGCCUUGAGAUUAUUUUUGGAAGAUUCAUGUCUGGAUUGGUACAGUUCAAGACUCAUAAAACAUACAGUAAACUCGGAAUGGUCAACAUGGAAAGAAAACUUCUGUGAAACUUAUGCGGACAAAGGAUGGUCGCCAAUAAAAUCGAUAGAAAUAGCUUAAAGGAAACAAAGGAUUUAUUUAAUAAUAUCAGGGGCUUGGAACAUAUAGUGAAUAAGAAGAAUUUAGGAAGAAAAGUGGUAGGUUUGGAAAGUAAAAUUAAAGAAAAAGAUGGGAGUAACAAACCAUGUAGAAUUUGUGAAAAAGAAAACAAAGGCAACCGCUAUCACCCCGAAUCCUUGUGCUGGUUCAAAAACAAAAAUAAUGAUAAACAAAAAAGAGAUCAGAUAAAAACAGUUAACAAUUCAGAAUUAGAAACAGAAUUAAAUGAGAUAAAUCCAAAAAACUAGUGAUCCCGCCAUUAAUCAAGAUUAAAUUGUUAUUAAAUGAUACCUUAGAAACAACUGGGAUUUAUGACUCGGGAUCAAAUGUGUCUUUAAUAAAUUCUAGAUUGCUAUCUUUGAAAGGUAAUAACAACAACAAUAAUAUUUCUAUCGAAAAUGCAAACUUAAAAACGAUUAAUGGCGUGAGAAAAACUAAAGGAAUGGUAACAUUAAAGAUGAAGAUUUUUAAUAUUGAAAAAAAAAUUAAUGUUUUUGUAAUUGAUGAAGAAAAUUUUGAUUAUGACUUUUUAGUUGGACUAGACUGCAUAAAGGAAUUUCAUCUGAUUCAAAAUGAGAAAUUGGAAAUUACUCAGGAUACUUCCAGCCUCAAAAUAGAGAAUAGUCAAGAAGGAAAAAGCCUGAAAAACAAAAGAACACUGUCUGACAUUUCAGACAGUAUAGUUGAAGAAAAUUGCAAUAAAAAUAUGAACGCCCUGAAUAAAACUAGGGAUAUGUAUAAAAUUAAUUUCAACGAGCAUGUUGAAGAAACUAGCUUUAUCAUUUCUGUCAAUCAUCUAGACGCUCAAAAGCAGG